GGGGCCGAGCCGGGUCGGGUCGCGCCGUGCGGGGCCGAUCAGAGGCGGUGCGGGGCAGCGGAGCAGCAGCGCSAUGCCGUUCGUGGAGUUGGACACCAGCCUGCCGGCCGAGCGGCUGCCGCCGGGACUGGCCCAGACCCUGUGCGCCGCCGCCGCGGACAUCCUGGGCAAACCGGCGGAGCGGGUGAACGUGACGGUGCGGAGCGGGCUGUCCAUGGUCCUCUCGGGCUCGGCCGAGCCCUGCGCCCAGCUGGUCGUCUCCUCCAUCGGCGUGGUGGGCACGGCGGAGCAGAACCAGCGGCACAGCGCCCGCUUCUUCGACGUCCUGAYGGCGCAGCUGGGCCUCAGCCAAGAGCGGAUUGUCAUCCGCUUUUACCCGCUGGAGCCCUGGCAGAUCGGCAAGAACAGGACAGUCAUGACAUUCCUGUGAUCCCUUGAGCAGCUGGUUGGAACAAAGCAAUGAUGAAGGCAACCCAGAGAUGACCAGCUCUGUCUAUCUACUUGUUUCCUCUUGUGAUCAAAUCUGUGUAGCUCUAAACUUUCACCUGAAUGAUUCACUUUUUGCCUUUGCAUCCUGUACACACAAAGCUGAAGAGGGACGUAAUCAAUUGCACUGAUUUUAUGGAAAGAGUUCAAGGUCUUUGUCUCAAGCCUGGGCCUAGAUAAAGCUGAUUAUAGUAGUAAAAAGUUUAAUUCCAGAACAUUUGGCUUUACUGAGGAUCAGAAAGGUUCUGAGGUUUAUCMAUUUUUUCUUAUAGUUUGCAAGGCAGAAAAAAUCCUUUUCCCUCUUUCUCUGUGGUAGCAGAAGGGUCCCAACGAAGAUUACCUGGAAGUCAAAUUCUUUUUCAAGCUCCUCUGAAAGCCCUUUCUGGAAAGAGGUGAUUUUUGGGAGAGAAGUUUAGGCACUGAAGGCUCAUGUCAGAUCUUGUGCUGUGUGCUCUGCCCUUUUGUGGCUGCUCCUACAGUGUUAUUUGUCCACAAGAUUUUCAGGGCUGAAUAUCUGUGUGCUGAUGGCAGUGUCUAGAGGAGAGAGCURCUUCUGAAGACCUGCACUGUGCUACCAGAAAAUAUUUUGAAGUUUCUGCUAUUGCCAUUAUUAAUUCUUGUUGUUCGCUGUUUGUUCAGCGUCCUUUUCCUCACCCUGCUGUUAUGGGAUGUUUUGGGAUGAUACAGCAUCUCACUGUGAUAUGUGGCUGAUGUUUCCAGCUCAAUGUUUCUGCAGAGAAAUGUUUUUGGUUUUUAGGACCCAUAUACUCCUUCAGUUUGUAACUGGAACACACAUGGCAUUUUAUUAAAAUAAAAGCAGGGUACUUUUUAUGUAGAAUGUUUUCUCUGCCUUCUGCUGCUAAUGAAAACAUUUAACAGUUCUCUUUCACUCUAUGAUUUGGUCAGGUCGAGGUCAGGGAGCUCAGUGGAGCUGAGAGCACGCCCCUGGGAUAUGGGGGUCCAUGGAAACACAAGGCUGAAGGGGCCUUCUGUGCUCCUUCAUCAUUCUGAUUGAUGUUUUAUUUGUUUGUUGUCUUGAGGUUCUCAGGAUUAUUGAAAAUAUUCCAUCUAAUUACCAUUUAGUUGUUUGUUUCCUAUACACCAGAAAUAAUUUAUGUGUUUGCCAAAUCUGUCAGGAAUGUAAUACCAAACACCAAUUUGUGUUACCAGGCUGGGGGGGGCUACACCUUAUCUGGUUAAUAAACUGUAGCAAAGCUUC